AUGUCCAAUAACAGAAUACUUAAUAUUCCAUCAAGUAAUUUAUAUUUUCUAUGAUUAGCUGCUUCAUCAAAAUAAUCAUCACUUUAAUCAUGCAAAAAUAUUGAACAUUCCCCUACUAUUUAUUAGUUAAUACUCUCAUAAUUUUGUAAAAAUUAAAAAGUAGAUAAAUACUAAAAAUCUGUACCAUACCUGUCAUCUGAUAAAUCUCUUAUCCAAAAUUUACAAUAAAAAAUCAUAGAACUCACAAAUAAAGUUGAUUAUCUAACUUAGGAAAAUAAAAUACUUAAGUAAAAUAGAGUAAAUUCAUUAGAUGUAUAUUUUUAACUUAUAUAUAUUAGAAUAUUCAAUAUAAAUAUUUAUAAAUGAACAAUUAUACCAAAUUGUUAGAAUAAUUGCAAUAAUUUAAAUUAGAAAACAUGUCAUUAAAACAAAGUCUAUUUCAAUUAAAGAUAGAUUUCUAAAUCUCAAUAAACCCUUUAAAAUAAAUAAUUAAUCAUUAUAUUACAGUGCCUCAGCAUGAUAUUAAAGAUGUGUUUGAAUUAAGACUUUCUCAAUUAGAAGGUGAGAAUUAAUAAUUAAUUUUAGAAUAAAUUUCUUUAUAAAAGUCAAAAUGUGAAUUAUUGAAUUUGGAAAGAACUUAAUUACUUGAACAGAACAAUUAAAUAGAAAAUGAACUUCAUUAAUGUAAAUAAAAGUUAGAAUAUAAAAUCAAAUAAUGA